AGCGAUCCGGAUUCAAGCGGGCCUAACACGCCGCAACGCUCUUCUGAGCAUCGAUGCUCUCACUCUAAUAGCUGUGCGACCGCCUCAAGCCGCCAUGCGGGCAUCCUUGUUCGUCCUGCUGACCGCUGGCACGACUGCCACCACCAACCCAGCAGUGCCGCGCGCCGUACACCGCGGCGGCGAGACGGCCCAAAAGAAGACGCUCGACGAUUUUUUACGGCAUCUGGGCGACGGCGAGCUUGCCACCGUCUGGGAGCAAACUCCGAAGCUCUGGCGGCGCGUCGACGGCUGCGGCCCCGAGCUCUUCUCUUUCGAGGACGCCAUCAAGGGCGCCGAGGCGGGCCUGCUGGACAACGCGGCCGUCGCGGACGGCGCGCAGGCCGAAGCGGGGCGCUGGGUCGCGGAGAAGGCGGGCGCCGCGUCGGCGGACGAUUUGAAGCGGGCGCUCGCGAAAGGCACGGUCUUCUUCAACGGCGCGGGCCUGGCCUUCCCGGCGCUCGCGGCCCUCGGCGCCGCGUGCCACCGCUUCCUUGGAUUACCGGCGAACAUCAAUGUGUACGUCACGGAUCCACGGAGAGAGGUCUCCGUGUCGCCGCACUCGGACGCGCAGAACGUUUUAGUUUUUCAGUGUUCUGGAAUGAAGCGCUGGCGCGUCUGGCCCUGUGUGGAAUUGCCACGCCAUCGCACAGACGCAGCUACGGAAGCACGUCGCGUCGAUGGCGUGGGGCGCCCGAAAUUUGAUUUCCACACAGGUCUGGCCGCCGCCGCCGCGCGAACGCGGCAAAGAUCCCUUCGGGCGCGGCAAGGGCGGCGACCGCGUCGAGGGUUUGGGCGAGCCCGUCUUGGACGUGACAUUACAACCAGGUGAUGUUUUAUACGUCCCGCUGGGCUGGGUCCACGCGACGUCGACGGCGGACAGCGCCGAGCGCAGCUGCCACGCGACGCUGGGCGUCGACACGUACUUCUACGGCCUCUGCUGGUCGAACGCGCGUAGCAUCGCGCUGGCGCGCAACCGCGUCGGCGACGACGUCGACCCCGGCGCGCUCGACGAGGGGACCUUUUCCCGGCUCUACGGCGCGGUGCCCGUGGGCUUCCUGCGACCUCAGGCCUUAGACAACGAGGCCUGGCUUGAACACUUCGUGACGGAGCUCCGGGCGCUGCAGGAGGCUGUGGGCGGUGCGUCGCCGCUCGGAGACGACGCGUCGCUCCGGGACCUCGCGCGGUUCUACCUCACGUACGCGCGCGACCUGAUCGACGAGCGCAAGUACCAGUGCAUAAAUCAAAUUGUCCGCGGCGCGGUCUCCGCCACUGCCGAAUCAUGACCCCACGCCAUCGACGCGACGCCACCCCGAUGGCGUGGCGUUGUGGUCUAUUACUGCUCGUUCCAGCCAACACGGCCGCGUUUUUGCCGAGAAAGGACUUCGAUCGUGCACUCGAAUCACUGGUUGAUUUGCUCACAGGCAAGUACGCCGACGUACCAGAACCGGC